GGGAUUUUGCAAGCGGGGAAUUGGCCAAAUUAAACGUAAUCAUGCUGUUGUUAUAUCACCCUCACAUCUGGCCCCAGGGUGAUUGGCCGGGGCACCUCCGCCGUGCCUGCUGUCUGCGCGGUCAACCCGGGGGUAACAGGAAGCGCGUUGCGGUCCGUCGAUCCAGUGCGCACUAACCAUGCCUCCGGCACGGCCCGGAGCCCCAAACUUUCACCAACAACGCCCGGAAGUCUGUAGGAUCUGGACGGCACUGAAGGUGUUGGAGGGACUGAAGAAUAGAGGAGGCUUUCAACGAGUUGUCCCGUUGCUGUAAGUGCCUCUGAAGAACGGCUGCUCUGGUACCCUACUGCUCAUUCUGGUGACUGAGCCUCCCAUCUAUACAUCUGUGUGUGUGUGAUUGUCUUAUCCUGGGUUCCCACGGCUUUGCACUGGCUGAACUGCAGCCAUGGAGGUGGCGCUGGUAGACUUUGAGAGCCUAGUAGACCUCAACGGGAGCCUUGAGGAUGAGGUGGACACCUAUGCUGAUGAGACCACAGCUCUUACCGUGGACAUGCCCCCAGAGCACACCAGCCCGGGCAGCAACUACCUUCUGCGAACCUCUCAGCUGUCCUCUACGCCCUCCCACCACAGUUAUGUGCCCUCCUGCAUGUGGGAGUCCACCUCAUCUUCACCCGCUCCACAUACACAGACACUGGGAGUACCCCAGUCCCCAACCAUGCCAACUCCAAGCAGACAGGGGCGCAGUAGCUGCGCCAGUAUGAUCUCCAAUUGGAAAUUGCUGCUAAACAGUGAGGGCACUAAGGAGAGUGAGACGAUCUUCAGCCGGCUUGCAAAGGAGUGCUGUGAGGAUCUGUUUGUAGAUAAACGAGGUUUAGAUGAUGGAGACCAGAAAGUCAUCAUCAACAUUGCCGGCCUUCGUUUUGAGACACAGCUCAAAACUUUGGACCAGUUUCCUGAGACACUGCUAGGAGAUCCUUUGAAAAGGAUGGACUACUUUGAUCCAAUGAGGAACGAGUACUUCUUUGAUCGGAACCGACCUAGCUUUGAUGGGAUCUUGUAUUACUACCAGUCAGGGGGUAAGAUCAGACGUCCAGCUAACGUUCCCCUGGAUGUGUUUGCAGAUGAAAUUGUGUUCUAUGAGCUUGGAAGUGACGCCAUGGAGCAGUUCAGAGAAGAUGAAGGAUUCAUAAAGGAUGUUGAGAUCCCUCUACCUGAUAAUGACAUGUACAGGCAAUUCUGGCUGCUGUUCGAGUAUCCAGAAAGCUCAAAUGCAGCCCGAGGUGUAGCACUGGUGUCUGUUUUUGUUAUUGUCAUAUCCAUCAUUAUUUUCUGCAUGGAAACACUGCCAGAAUUCAGAGAUGAAAGUGACCCAAUUGUGCCCACGGCGGUACAGCCUUUCAACCAAUCUAGAGUUUACACUUCUGUGGCUCCAUCUGGCGUAAAGCCAACAACUUUCUCUGAUCCCUUCUUCAUCAUUGAGACUGCCUGCAUUGCGUGGUUCUUCUUUGAGCUGUGUGUGAGAUUUUUGGUCUGUCCAAGCAAAAAGGAAUUUUUCCACAAUCUCAUGAACACGAUUGACAUUAUAUCCAUCAUCCCUUAUUUUGUUACUGUAGUUACAGAAAUUGUCUCAACACCGCAAGAGAACUCAGGACAGAACAUGUCUUUGGCCAUUCUGCGUAUCAUCCGUCUGGUCAGGGUGUUUCGUAUAUUCAAACUCUCACGUCACUCCAAGGGGCUGCAGAUCCUGGGACAGACUCUAAAGGCCAGCAUGCGUGAGCUUGGCUUGCUCAUCUUCUUCCUCUUCAUCGGAGUCAUCCUCUUUUCCAGUGCUAUCUACUUUGCUGAGGUAGAUGAGCCUAACACACAGUUCGUCAGCAUACCUGAUGGCUUUUGGUGGGCUGUGGUUACCAUGACCACUGUAGGCUACGGGGACAUGUGUCCAAUUACCAUGGGCGGUAAAAUGGUGGGCACCUUGUGUGCCAUUGCAGGUGUGCUGACCAUUGCUCUGCCUGUUCCCGUCAUUGUUUCCAACUUUAACUACUUCUACCACAGAGAGACGGAAGCAGAGGACAAGUUGCCCUUGGCAGAUGCUGUUGAGCAAGCCAUGAAUGGUGAGACAAGUAACAAAGAGGGUAGCAACACCUCGCUCAAUAAAGCCAAUGGCAUCUGGCAGAGGGACAAAGGGGAAUAACUGUGGAAGUUCAGGAGGAGGAGAGACUUUGCAACAGGAAAGCCAGCAGGAAAGACAAGAAGAAGAGAGUAUGGAGAAAAUUAACUGUUAUGAUUUCCGUCAACCAAUCUUAAUGGGAUUGGUGAGAUAAAAUGUUUGCACCUAGUGAAAAAAUUGUUUUAUAUGGAUAUACAGGAUAUGCUGUACUUACCUCUUUUGUGUUUAAUAUGAAAAUGACAUUGAAAAUAACAACAGACAAGCGGAAGAAUUCAUUCAGUUCAUGUUCAGAAUUGUAUGUCAACAUAUUUCAAGUCUACUUUGUGUUAGGACUAUUACUUUAGUUGAGUAGAAAUAUAACAAAUAUGUCAUUAUUAUAAUUCAUCAGUACAUUAUAAGGAUUUCUUUAUAAUUUUGGUCAUAUUUUUAUUGCCUUGGUCAUUAAUCCUAUAGCUUAUAACAUUUUGCUCACAAGCUUGACUGUUGACCAUUUUGGCCACAAAUACCUAAAGAGUAACUAAAGCCGAAAAUCGCAUUUGU